GCUUUGAAAAGGCAGGAUUUUCUGUCCCCGCCGAGUAAACAGCCAGACCCCGGGCAGCCCGGACUAUUUCCGUCUUAUCAGUGCAGGAAUGCGGCAGCAGCGGCGGCGGCGGCGGCGGCGGCAGCGGCAGUGGUGGCAGCAGCUGAGCAGGAGUGGCGUGGGCCGUGGGCCGUCAGGGCAGCCCUGAAGGGGCCCCCUCCCCACUCCGCUCUAGUAGAAGUGUGAGAGAGCCCAGCAGGACUCAGAGGGGAGAGUUGGAGGAAAAAAAAAGGCAGAAAAGGGAAAGAAAGAGGAAGAGAGAGAGUGAGUGAGAGGAGCCGCUGAGCCCACCCCGAUGGCUGCGGACGAAGUUACCGGAGGGGCGCGCAAAGCCACGAAAAGCAAACUUUUUGAGUUUCUGGUCCAUGGGGUGCGCCCCGGGAUGCCGUCUGGAGCCCGGAUGCCCCACCAGGGGGCGCCCAUGGGCCCCCCGGGUUCCCCGUACAUGGGCAGCCCCGCGGUCCGACCCGGCCUGGCCCCCGCGGGCAUGGAGCCCGCCCGCAAGCGAGCAGCGCCCCCGCCCGGGCAGAGCCAGGCGCAGAGCCAGGGCCAGCCGGUGCCCACAGCCCCCGCGCGGAGCCGCAGUGCCAAGAGGAGGAAGAUGGCUGACAAAAUCCUCCCUCAAAGGAUUCGGGAACUGGUCCCUGAGUCUCAGGCUUACAUGGACCUCCUAGCAUUUGAGAGGAAACUGGAUCAAACCAUCAUGCGGAAGCGGGUGGACAUCCAGGAAGCUCUGAAGAGGCCGAUGAAGCAAAAGCGGAAGCUGCGUCUUUAUAUCUCCAAUACUUUUAACCCUGCGAAGCCCGAUGCUGAGGAUUCCGAUGGCAGCAUUGCUUCCUGGGAGCUUCGGGUAGAGGGGAAACUCCUGGAUGACGUACGUCCUGGCCCAGGUCUCUCCAGGUGUCCUGGGCCCAGCAAGCAGAAGCGGAAGUUCUCUUCCUUCUUCAAGAGUUUGGUCAUUGAGCUGGACAAAGACCUUUAUGGCCCUGACAACCACCUAGUUGAGUGGCACCGGACACCCACUACCCAGGAGACAGAUGGAUUCCAGGUGAAGAGGCCGGGAGACUUGAGUGUGCGCUGUACCCUUCUCCUCAUGCUGGACUACCAGCCUCCCCAGUUUAAACUGGACCCCCGCCUGGCCCGGCUGCUGGGGUUGCACACACAGAGCCGCUCAGCCAUUGUCCAGGCCCUGUGGCAGUACGUGAAGACCAAUAGGCUGCAGGACUCCCACGACAAGGAAUACAUCAAUGGGGACAAGUAUUUCCAGCAGAUUUUUGAUUGUCCCCGGCUGAAGUUUUCUGAGAUUCCCCAGCGCCUUACAGCUCUGCUAUUGCCCCCUGACCCAAUCGUCAUCAAUCAUGUUAUCAGUGUGGACCCAUCAGACCAGAAGAAGACAGCGUGCUAUGACAUUGAUGUGGAGGUGGAGGAGCCACUGAAGGGGCAGAUGAGCAGCUUCCUCCUAUCCACAGCUAAUCAGCAGGAGAUCAGCGCUCUGGAUAGUAAGAUCCACGAGACGAUUGAGUCCAUAAACCAGCUCAAGAUCCAGAGGGACUUCAUGCUAAGCUUCUCCAGAGACCCCAAAGGCUAUGUCCAAGACCUGCUCCGCUCCCAAAGCCGGGACCUCAAGGUGAUGACAGAUGUGGCAGGCAACCCUGAAGAGGAACGCCGGGCCGAGUUCUACCACCAGCCCUGGUCCCAGGAAGCUGUCAGCCGCUACUUCUACUGCAAGAUCCAGCAGCGCAGGCAGGAACUGGAGCAGUCGCUGGUUGUGCGCAACACCUAGGAACCCCUUUGAAUAAGCACCACUAUGGACCUUCCGGGCUUGGGCUCUGUUCCCCCAGGGAUCCAUCCUGGGCCCUGCCAUCACUUCUGAUGCCCUUGGGGUGAAGCUGAGGGACUGGAUUAAAGGUCAUUCAUCUAAUA